AUGGAAAAUGACGAGCUAUGCACUUCUUCUCUUGAUUGUGGGUUUAACCUACACAAUAAAGUUGUUGAGCUACCUCCUAAAAUCAAGCACCCCAUCCGUAAGAACCAUCCUCUGAUUUUACGGUUUCGUGUUGAAAAUCUCUCUUGCAAUGCAUGUAAUCAAAGGCUACCUGCACAUGGACUUAGGUAUUCUUGUUCACCUUGUAAAUUUGCAAUUCAUAUAACAUGUCCAGAGUUACCUCCUACACUCGAUCUCCCCUGCCACCGUAAGCAUCCUCUCGUCCUAGAAUUCCAAAACAGUCCAUCUUGCAAGACAUCUAAAGAAACCCGAUACAAUAAUUUCGUUUAUCUCUGUUCAUCUUGCAACUUCAACCUUCAUUACGAGUGUGCAUCAGCACCACCUACCAUUAAAGGAAAAACCCAUGAACACCCUUUCACUUUGUUGUGGAGGCAAGUCUCAUUCAUUUGUGAUGCAUGUGGUGUUGAGGGAUGUUUUGUUUCCUAUAUAUGUUCUACAUGCAGCCUUGUAGUCCAUAAAAAAUGCAUUUCUCUGCCACCCAUAAUCGCAAUCCCCCGACAUGAUCACACCCGAUUUUCCGCAAAUAUUUCCUCCGACCUCAUGAGUUCACGGAUGGUGAUUGUAAAAUUUGUUAUAAGGAAGUCAAAGUGGAGUAUGGGAGUUACUCUUGCUCCCAUUGUGAUUGAGGCAAAGCUUCUUGGUGAUUUGACAAUAGUUCCCAGAAGGUCUACUAAUCCCAUCAUCUGCAUUGAGAAAAACAAACAUGAUCUGAUAUUGAAGGCCAAUCCCAUGGAGGAACAUAUUGAUGGGGCCAAUCUCAUGGAGAAAUACUGUGACGGGUGUGUCCUACCCAUCUCAAAUCCGUUUUAUCAUUGUUCGCAAUGCGAUUUCUUUCUCCACAAAACAUGUGCUGAAUCGCCUAUGGAGAAACGGCUGUGGUUUCACAUAUGUCAACAGUUUCUCAUCCUUGUUGUAGAUCAUAUUUUCAGAUGUGGUCUCUGA